AUGGAAGCUUAUAUUCGAGGUCUUAUUCCUAAUUUGGCUCAAUUGCGUGAUAUGCUUGGAGCUUUUGUUCAAAUGUAUUGCCGAAUUGCUGCACCCAAAUUCUUCUUCUUUUUUUAUCCCAAUAGACGAGGGAAGGCAUGCAUAAAGAAGGUGCUGCUUAGUCACUGUCUUCAAGAGCUAAUGGAACUGCACCAGGAAAGUGAUGAAGAAGUUACAGAUACUGAACAUGAACAGGUGGAAAACUGGUUUUCCAUGACAUCUGCACAGCGUGUAUAUCAUAUGUUCCUUGCACUUGAUAAAGAUAUGAACAGAACACUGAGCAAGCAAGAGCUUCGAGAAUAUGCUGCCGUGACACUCACGGAUAUUUUUAUCGAGAGGGUUAAGAACUAA